CCCUGCCCGGUGACGCGCGCGCGCGCGCGCCCGAGAGAAAGGCGGAAGCGGAAGUCGGGGGCGCGCCGGUUCGCAGCGGAGAGCGCAGCGGCGUCGGGUCGGGGUACCGGGUCGCCAUGGGGCGCGGCAGCGGCACCUUCGAGCGUCUCCUAGACAAAGCAACCAGCCAGCUUCUGCUGGAGACUGACUGGGAGUCCAUCCUGCAGAUCUGUGACCUCAUCCGCCAGGGGGACACACAAGCCAAAUAUGCCGUGAGUUCCAUCAAGAAGAAAGUCAACGACAAGAAUCCUCACGUGGCGUUGUAUGCUCUGGAGGUCAUGGAGUCUGUGGUGAAGAACUGCGGCCAGACUGUCCACGAUGAGGUGGCCAACAAGCAGACCAUGGAGGAGCUGAAGGAGCUGCUGAAGAGGCAGGUGGAAGUAAACGUCCGAAACAAGAUUCUGUAUCUGAUCCAGGCCUGGGCUCACGCCUUCCGGAACGAGCCCAAGUACAAGGUGGUCCAGGACACGUACCAGAUCAUGAAGGUGGAAGGACACGUCUUCCCGGAGUUCAAGGAGAGCGACGCCAUGUUUGCCGCAGAGAGAGCCCCCGACUGGGUGGAUGCUGAGGAGUGCCACCGCUGCAGAGUGCAGUUCGGGGUGGUGACACGCAAGCACCACUGCCGGGCGUGCGGUCAGAUUUUCUGCGGCAAAUGCUCUUCCAAGUGCUCCACCAUCCCCAAGUUCGGCAUCGAGAAGGAGGUGCGCGUGUGCGAGCCCUGCUAUGAGCAGCUGAACAGGAAAGCAGAAGGAAAGGCGUCGUCCACAACAGAGCUGCCCCCGGAGUACCUGACCAGCCCCCUGUCCCAGCAAUCCCAGCUGCCCCCCAAGCGGGAUGAGACGGCCCUGCAGGAGGAGGAGGACCUGCAGCUGGCCCUGGCUCUGUCACAGUCGGAAGCCGAGGAGAAGGAGAGGAUGAGACAGAAGUCCGCGUAUGCUGCUGCCACAUACCCCAAGGCGGAGCCCGCGCCCGUGGCCUCGUCGGCGCCCCCGGCCAGCAGCCUGUACUCUUCACCUGUGACCUCGUCGGCGCCGCUGGCUGAGGACAUCGACCCCGAGCUCGCCCGGUACCUCAACCGGAACUACUGGGAGAAGAAGCAGGAGGAGGCCCGCAAGAGCCCUACCCCGUCCGCACCCGCACCCCUGACGGAGCCGGCCGCCCCGCCCGUGGAGGGGCAUGCAGUCCCCGCCAACGCGCUGGAGACUCCCCUCCCAGAGGCAGACUCUCAGCCCAUAGCUCCCUCCGGCGGCCCCUUUGGUGAGCACCACUGGGAGGAUCGAGUCCUGCGCAGAAAGCCCAGAGCUCAGUGCCUGGAGUGGUGGGUGGUGCCCCGCCCAAGGGGCUGCUCCGCAAGAGCCCCCACCUGCCCCCAGCAGCAGUACCAGAACGGGGAGUCGGAGGAGAGCCACGCGCAGUUCCUGAAGGCCCUGCAGAAUGCCGUCACCACCUUCGUCAACCGCAUGAAGAGCAACCACGUGCGGGGCCGCAGCAUCACCAAUGACUCGGCGGUGCUGUCCCUCUUCCAGUCCAUCAACAGCAUGCACCCCCAGCUGCUGGAGCUGCUCAACCAGCUGGACGAGCGCAGGUGUAGGUGCCGCGGUGCCCGGGGGGCCCUUGGCGCGCUGUCGUUAUACUACGAGGGGCUGCAGGACAAGUUGGCGCAGAUCCGCGAUGCCCGGGGGGCACUCAGCGCCCUGCGGGAGGAGCACCGGGAGAAGCUUCGCCGGGCAGCUGAGGAAGCCGAGCGCCAGCGCCAGAUCCAGCUGGCCCAGAAGCUGGAGAUCAUGCGGCAGAAAAAGCAGGAGUAUCUGGAGGUGCAGCGGCAGCUGGCCAUCCAGCGCCUGCAGGAGCAGGAGAAGGAGCGGCAGCUGCGCCUGGAGCAGCAGAAGCAGACCAUCCAGAUGCGUGCCCAGAUGCCCGCCUUCUCCCUGCCCUACGCCCAGCUCCAGGCCAUGCCCGCGGCCGGGGGCGUGCUGUACCAGCCCUCGGGCCCAACAAGCUUCCCGGGCACCUUCAGCCCCGCAGGCUCAGUGGAGGGCUCCCCCAUGCACACGGUGUACAUGAGCCAGCCGGCCCCCGCCGCCAGCAGCCCCUACCCCAGCAUGCCUGGGGCCGGAGCAGAUCCCAGCAUGGUGAGCGCCUAUAUGUACCCAGCAGGGGCCACCGGGGCGCAGGCAGCCCCCCAGGGCCCCACCGGGCCCACCGCCAGCCCCGCCUACUCGUCCUACCAGCCUACUCCGACACAGGGCUAUCAGAACGUGGCCUCCCAGGCCCCCCAGAGCCUCCCGGCCAUGUCCCAGCCUCCGCAGUCCGGCGCCAUGGGCUACAUGGGGACUCAGUCGGUAUCCAUGGGUUAUCAGCCUUACGGCAUGCAGAGUCUCAUGAGCACCCUCCCCAGCCAGGACGCACCUCUGCCACCCCCGCAGCAGCCCUACAUCGCGGGGCAGCAGCCUAUGUACCAGCAGAUGGCGCCCUCCGGGGGACCCCCCCAACAGCCACCCCCUGUGGCCCAGCCACCACCCGCACAGGGCCCUCCAGCGCAGGGCAGUGAAGCCCAGCUCAUCUCAUUUGACUGACCGUGGCCGGGAGCGCGCCAUCCAGAACAACACUACGGUUCUCUGAACCACCGCCUCCGUCUCUAACUAGCGUCGUCCUGCCUCGCUCUCCUCUUACUGCCAUGUAGUGUCCCUGCUGCGUGCAGGGGGUGGCCCUUCACCCUGGCCCCCGCCCUCUGUCCUCUCCCACGGACUCCUCGUGCCCCCAGGCCGCACCCUCCUCCCCAUCUCCCUGAGUUGGUCUCAGACUUCUUUCCCCAGGGCUGGGCCUCGGAGGGUGGGAGGGAAGGAUCUCCGAGAGGGAGCCUUCAAGCCCUGUGUGUCAGGUCCUGUGAGGGCUGGCUGGAGUGGGGUCCCUCUUCUGUGCAGUCUGGGCCCCCCCGUGUGCACCCGGGAGACCGCACGGCCUGUGGUCUGACUUGUGUGCGUGCUUUCCAGAGCCCUCUGGCGUGCCCCCUGCGGUCAGCAUGCACUCCUGGCCCUCACGGGAGGGUGGGGGCUCGUCGCCAGCUUCUCUGCUUCUGAGCUGCCAUCUCAUCCAGUGCCCUGAGUAGAUGGAAUGGAACACUGAUAAUAAAAUGUCUUUCAACAAG